UCUGAGACUGCAGACGAGUAACACCAACACAGUGCCGCUAACAGUUCAGCAAAUACGUGCGUUGCGUUAUCAUGGCUUCCCUGCCAACUACCCCUCUGGAGAAGGCAACACAACAAAAACACAAGUUACCACCACUCCACUUGAAAUCCUUCAGCACGGACCCUGGUGGGCCUUCUCCAUGUCCGACGCCGCGGAGCAAUCUCUCAUGGAAGGAGAGGCAUCAGAGUGUUCUGCAGUUGGUCAACCAGCAGGACAAUUCGCCAGCGUAUAAUUACGUUCCGCCUAAGUCCUACAUCUUCAAGCUCACGCAACUGAUCGUCACCAUAGUAUGUACGGGGUCAUAUUCCAAAGGAGUAAAUGGAGUAACAUCUUCCACUACAGCGCAAAUGUUACCCUACUUCGUCUGCUCUGCCUUCAUGGUCAUUACGCCUGUCAUCCUUAUCAGCUACGUACUGGGUCACAGAAUGCCCGAAAUUCUGAUACGGAUAUUCAACACGCUGGCUGGAAUCCUCUUCCUGGUGGGCGGCGCUGUGGCUCUACAGAACUGGCGCGGCUUCGUGGCCGAUAUGAAAGGCAAACCUGAAGACUCCGAUAAACGAAACGCCGCUGUGUUUCUGCUGACAACUGGCGUUCUCUGUCUUGUCAAUUCACUGUUCUACCUGAUAGAUGUUGCUAUCAGCGUCCACUCCACUCUGUCGUCACCAUGACGGUUCAGAAGAGGGGCAUUUGCUUCCAAAAUGAGAAACGUAAACACCAUUACAAUUUCACUUAAAAGAAAGGAACUCGAAAAACAAUCCGAAAACAUAAAAUUAACAUUUUUUUUUGUUUCAUUCUGGUCCGUCACACUAAUAAUAUUACGAAAAAAAUAAAUAUUUCCGUCCAGUGCGACCGGUUAAGAUUUUUCUUCUUCUUCUUUUUUGCUCUAAAUUAAUCUCCACGUAGUGCCCCUUUCCGAAAAAUUGCACGACUCAAACUUGGACAUUGCUCUGAAUGGAAAUAAGCGGACCACACUGUAGUAAGGUCUACUGCAACACGGAGAACACGUAUUUCCCGGACCGUUCCUUGCGAUUUUCGAAACCUCACUGGCUGUCAGAUUCAUCUUUUAUGGCAAUGGUAUACUGUGUAAGAUACAAACCUAACCGAAGACAACUAUCAUACUGCACUGCGUCAUAUAUCGUUAUCUUUUCUGUAUCUCUUUACAUGUAAAAUAUGUUUCAAAUGUAGUUCAUCUGAAUUACAUUUAUAUUUUGUAUCAUGUACCAAGGCUACUGUAAU